AUGUCUGUUGAAAUCUGGCCAUCUCUGCGUCCGGAGCAGCUUAUAACAGCUGUCGAGCAGACCCAAAGGCGAGAGCUAGAAUGGCUCCUGAACGAGCUGCAUGAGACCCUUCAGAACCUCAAGAGCGGCCUCGAAGACUGCUACGCCCUGCUUGCCCCUGUCGACCCCGGUAGCACCCUCGUCGUCAGCACCCAUAGGAACGAGAUCGUCAAGGGCCACAUCACGCGGGUCGGGACACGGAUAGUCAAAGGCAUCCUCACAUUGAAACUCCGGACUCUCCCACACCAGACCUACACCAUAACUGCCGAACACCCAAUACAGAUCGCGCCUCUGACGACCCUCCAUGCCCUUCUCAACCACUCCAUCGACCUCCUCACCCUCACCCUUAGCUACACAUAUUCUUCCGGCUCCGCAGGCGGCGCCGAGCCACCCCCCUCACCAACCCGACCCACAGCCACGUUCAUAGCCGCCCAGCUCCGCCUGCUGAGCCAGUCCCUCAACGAGGCCACCUCCCUCCUCAAGGGGCCCCAGCCCCUGACCGCGUCCGACGCGACCUGGGUGUCCAAGUCCUGCACCCCGGCCCACUUCUCCCCGCCGACGGGGCCCAACCUGAGCAUACAGUGGGGCGUCCAGGAGAGCCAGCUCGUCCUGUGGCUGAGGACCCUGGAGCCCGCCGACGCCCCCGUGAACCUGGGCAUGAAGUUCGCCCUGGCCAUCGGCACCACCCGCCGCCUGGAGCACGACGAGGCCGAGCAGGUCUUCAUGUACACGUACCCGGAGGGCGCGGCCCCGGAGCCGCAGAAACACGGCAACAAUGGCGGCGGGGCAGGUGCUCCUGGACAGAGGGGUGCCAGUAAGGAGAAUGACGGUGAUAAGGAAGGCAGUGGCGAGGUCGAGGCGCAGGUCUUUGUGCGGGAAAAGGUGCGUGUCGAGAGUGCCGAUCCGGCCUUGAUGUCGCUCGGGACGAAGCUAUCAGCACUGGCCAAGACGCUCGCAAUGGCCAGGGGAAACCUGGCGACCGUCAUGGGCGAGGAGCUCGACGAGUGA